AAGAAACUUUUGCCAUAAAGACUAUAAAUGACACACAUACAUGUGCUAGGGUUUUAGAAAAUAGAUCUGCAAAUUCUAGGUGGGUGGCCAAGUAUGUAGUGAGGAAAAUGCAAACAACAAACACAGUUAGGAUCUCUGAUAUAAUCCAAGAUAUGAGGCAAAAUCACUCAGUGGGUAUAACUAUUGGAAGGGCCUGGAAAGCAAAGUUGAUUGCUAAGAAGAUAAUUGAGGGAGAUUCAGACAACCAAUAUGCUAACUUAUGGAGGUAUGCUGCUGAGCUUCAAAGAGUAAAUGCUGGGAACACAGUGAAGAUUAACAUUGAUAGACCAAUCCCAACCAUUCAGCCAAGGUUUGGUUCAUUUUAUUUUUGUUUUGAUGGGUGUAAAAGAGGAUUCAUAAAUGGUUGCAGACCAUUUGUUGGGGUGGAUGGGUGUCAUUUGAAGACCAAAUAUGGAGGGCAAUUGCUGAUAGCUGUUGGCAGAGACCCCAAUGACCAGUAUUUUCCCCUGGCUUUUGGUGUUGUGGAAACAGAAACAAAGGAAAGCUGGAAAUGGUUCCUUCAGUUGCUAAUGGAAGAUGUUGGUGUGGAUAAAAGAUAUGUGUUCAUUUCAGAUCAGCAAAAGGUUAGUAUGAACUUUAUAAAUCUUUAACUUUGUAAUAUUUUGUAGUUUUGUAAAGUAACUGAGCAUACACUUUGGUUGACAGGGUUUGGUAGCUGUUUUCGAGGAGAUGUCAGAAAGAAUUGAGCAUAGACUUUGUUUAAGGCAUCUUUAUGCAAACUUCAAGAAGAAGUUUGGAGGAGGUGCAUUGAUUAGAGACAUCAUGAUGGGAGCAGCCAAGGCUACUUACCAACAAGGAUGGCAGCAAAAGAUGAAUGAACUUAAGGGAGUAGAUCCAAAGGCUUGGGCAUGGUUAAUGGGAGUGCCUACAAAUAGUUGGUGUAAGCAUGCUUUUAGUUUUUACUCUAAGUGUGAUGUACUAAUGAAUAACAUUGCUGAGUCUUUCAAUGCAACCAUCUUAGUAGCUAGAGACAAACCCAUUCUAACCAUGUGUGAAUGGAUUAGAAAAUACUUGAUGAAUAGGUGUAGUAACUCUGCAUUGAAACUUGAGAAAUGGCCACACACUAUCAUGCCAAUACCUAGGAAAAGAUUGGACACUGAAGUGGCUAUGAGUGGGCAUUGGUUACCUACUUGGGCCAUGGAUGAAAAAUUUCAAGUCACACACUCCUAUAACAAACAACAGUUUAUUGUAGAUAUUACUAGAAAGUCCUGUACUUGUAACUUCUGGGAGUUAGUGGGCAUACCAUGUAGGCAUGCAGUUGCAGCACUAAGCUUUAGACAACAAAAUCCAGAACUGUUUGUUGAUGAAUGCUACUCUAGGGAUAAAUAUGCACUAUGUUAUGGUUUUGCUGUGAGCCCUAUCAAUGGUCAGGAAAUGUGGCCUGAGGUUGAGACUGAGGAUCUUUUACCCCCCAACUACAAGAAAGGUCCAGGCAGACCUAGGAAACUGAGGAUUAGAGAAACAGGUGAGGAAGGGGCUAGAAGAAGAUUGCCUGGUGUAGCAUAUAGAUGCACUAAAUGUGAUAAGGUUGGGCACAAUGUGAAAUCAUGCAAGAGCAAGGAACAACAUCCUAAUGCUCUGAAGAGAAAGAAGAAGCUUAGGUCUGGUGUAAGUGCAGGUGAAACAAGUGCCCCUGUUGAUGGACCAAGUCAAACUGAGGCAAAAUCUGGUAUAAGUGCAGCUGAAACAGGUACCCUUGAUGAUGUCCCAAGUCAAACUGAACUUGCAACACAGACUGCCCCAAGUCAGUCUGAACCUGGUGUAAGUGCAGCUGAAACAGGUACCCUUGAUGGUGUCCCAAGUCAAUCUGAACUUGCAACACAGACUGCCUCUACUGCUGAUGUAUUUGGAGACAUCACUGAUGAGAUGCUUGCAAGUAUACCAGACAUCAGUCAAGAUGUCCAAACAAGCUCUGCCAAAAGUGUACCAAGCAAAAUCAGCAAGGGCAAACAGAAAGUCAAGCAGGAAUCCAUCCCAAAGAGAAAGAGGCAAAGUGAGAGGAUCAAACUUUUCUGGUUUAAAAAACCAAUCAUUGGUCGAGGUGCAGAGGAUCAACCAAUAACUUUAAGUGAAGAAGAAGAUUGCAAUGAAGCUCAAGGUGCAAGAAAGGUUGCUAAGAAGGCUAAGAAGAAGUCUGUCAAUGAUCUCUAG